AAGAUCCAUUUGGGCAGCCAGGUGUUAAGAGUGCUUGAUUAUUCUCGACUUAGUCGGCAGCUUUUGGCCAUAGCAGGUGAUGAUGGAUCCAUGCAUGUGUGGGACACAACAGGUCGUGCUCCAAAGGUUUCUUGGUUGAAGCAGCAUUCUGCUCCAACUACGGGCAUUGGCUUCUCACCAUCUAGUGAGAAGAUAAUUGCUAGUGUUGGUUUAGACAAGAAACUGUACACAUUUGAUUCAGCCAUGAGAAGGCCCACAUCAUGUAUACCAUAUGAAGCACCGUUCUCUUCGCUUUCUUACAGUGAUGAUGGAAAUAUACUGGCUGCGGGAACAAAUGGUGGACUAGUAGUAUUCUAUGAUGUUCGGGGGAAACCUCAACCAUUCACAAUUCUUCAUGCUUUCAAUAGUUCUGAGUCUGUUAGUAGCUUAUGCUGGCAGAGAUUGAAGCCCUUUAUUGUAAAUGAAAGCAAUUGCACUGCUGAAACUGCUCUCCUUGGAGGUGCUAGUGAAGAUUCAAUUCUGAUGCCAGAUCCCCGGCCCUUUAUGGCAGCUUCAAGCUUCUCCUCAGCUAAUACAGUGUCUAGUUUCAACGCUUCACUGGCAGCAUAUACUAGUGGAUCAAUUUCAACCACAUUAACUUCUUCUGCAGAGGAAACUCCUCUUAGAAGCAGCUUAUGGCGGGGUGGAUCUUUGGCAAAGCUUCAAGCACCUCGUGGUAACUUCAAUCUUAAGGAUGACAUGGAUGUUUUCUCUCCUCUUGUGGAUGUCCAGCCAAUUACGCCAUCUCUUGGCAGUUUGUGGGAUGAUCAUGAUGAAGAAAAAAAGGAUUCAGUGCUCCUCGAUAAGAAAUCUUUGGCAUUGCCAAGUACUUCAAGGAGAUUUCCAUUUACAGAUGGUGACUCUGAUUCCCAUAAAAUAUCGGAUUGGAGGUCUAGCAUAGCCUCAAAACUGGAUGAUACUCUUGCUUCACCGCUGGUUUCCACACCCGCUGCUUCUUCAAAAAGUGAAUCUUGUUUCUCGCCAACUCCUUCAGAAGCUUGGGGAGGGAAUGGAUUGCCCGGCAAGUUUACUCAAAAUCAUCAACCAUCCUCUAUGCUCUCUGGCCAAUUGCCUUCUAAUUCCUUGCCAUCUGGCUUAACAUUCCCAGUCUCGCAAGAUAUAUCUUCGUUAACCAGCCAAUUUUCCAUGACUUCUUUGACAAAUCCCACUUCAAGUUCUCUAAAUCUGCAAAGCAAAUCCGUGUUGAAUAAUGAGAAACUGUCUACUUAUUUCGAAUCUUCAUCUGCUUAUCAUUCAACAUCUGCUUCUACAUCAUUUGGUUCAAGACCAGUGACAUCAAGUUCGUUCGAGCUCCCAGGAUUAGUGCAAUAUGUUUUACCCAGAAGAUCUACUGCAUAUGUUGAUAGAUUAAGUGCUGCAUCAUCCUUAAGUGAUGGAAUUAAUUCUGCGACUAGUUCACCAAAAUCAAAGAAAACAGGUGCAGAAACUCGAGAAGAGCUAUUAAACAGCCUCAUAUCAAGGCAGGAUGUGUCAACUGCGAUAGCAAAUGGCAGCCUUCCUGCAAUCAAUGGAACAUCUGCCCAGCACACAAGGGCCUCCAUUCAACCAAUGGAUCAGCUGGGAAGUUCUUCAUUUUCACUGCAGCUAGUCCAACGCACCCUCGAGGAAACUUUGGGAUCCUUGCAGAAGUCCAUUCAUGAUGAUGUUAAGAACCUACACAUCGAUCUCCUCAGACAGUUCCAUAUGCAAGAGAUGGUAAUGUCGAAUUUGAUAAAUUCAGUUCUGGAAAAGCAAGAUGAACUGAUCAAGGAAGUGCAGACCUUAAGACGAGAAAAUCAACAGCUUCGUCAAUUGCUUUAAAUGGAUGAGUAAUAUGAUGUUUCUAUUUUUUCAUAUUGAUCCCAUAUUUUCGGCAAAAUUACGUUUUGAUUUUUGUUUAA